GGCUGUGCUCAGGAUGCGGUGACGCGGCGGCGCCGGUUACCAGGGGUAACGGCGGCUGGGAAUGCACAGCGAGAAGCAGAGCCCGUAAACAUGCAGCUCAAGCAUCUCAAGACACUGCUGACACCUCAGGAUGGUGCUGCAAAAGUAACGUGCAUGGCAUGGGCACCGAACAAUUGCAAGUUUGCAGUUUGUACUGUAGACAGAGUUAUUCUUCUUUAUGAUGAAAAUGGAGAAAGGAGGGAUAAAUUCUCCACUAAACCUGCUGAUUCCAAGUAUGGUAAGAAAAGCUACACAGUAAAAGGCAUGUCCUUUUCACCUGACUCUACUAAAAUUGCUAUUGGACAGACGGACAAUAUUAUAUACGUUUACAAAAUUGGAGACGACUGGGGUGACAAGAAGGUGAUCUGUAAUAAAUUUAUCCAGACGAGUGCUGUUACUUGUUUAAUCUGGCCAGCAGAUCAUGCAAUUGUGUUUGGACUAGCUGAAGGAAAGGUUCGAUUGGCUAACACAAAAACCAACAAGUCUUCAACUAUAUAUGGAACAGAUUCUUAUGUGGUUUCCUUGACUUCAAAUACAUCUGGUAAAGGGAUUCUGUCUGGCCAUGCUGAUGGUACUAUUGUGCGCUAUUACUUCGAUGAUGAAGGAACAGGUGACUCACAGGGCAAACUGGCUACACACUCUUGCCCACCUUAUGCCUUGGCUUGGGCUGUGAAUAGCAUUGUAGCUGCUGGAUGUGAUAAGAAGAUUCUUGCGUACGGAAGGGAGGGUCACGUAAUACAGCAGUUUGAUUAUGGAAGGGAUCCAGGUGAAAAAGAGUUUACAGUGGCUGCCACAAGCCCAAGUGGUCAGUCUGUGGUGAUUGGCAGCUAUGACAGGCUGAGAGUUCUAAACUGGAGUCCUCGAAGAAGUGCAUGGGAUGAGGCCAAAGCCAAGGAGAUUCCAAACCUUUACACUAUCACUGCUCUGGCCUGGAAAAAGGAUGGUUCUAGACUAUGUGCGGGCACUCUGUGUGGUGGUGUGGAACAAUUUGAUUGCUGUCUGCGCAGAUCCAUUUACAAGAAUAAAUUUGAAAUGACAUAUGUUGGUCUCAGUCAGGUUAUAGUAAAGAACCUUUCAACAGGAACCAGAGUGGUGCUGAAAUCUCACUAUGGAUAUGAAAUUGAUGAAGUAAAGAUCAUGGGGAAAGAUCGAUACCUGGUGGGUCAUACCAGUGACACAUUGCUUCUAGGAGACUUAGCCACCAACAGACUCAGUGAGGUUGCUUGGCAAGGAUCUGGUGGAAAUGAGAGAUUUUUCUUUGAAAAUGAAAAUGUGUGCAUGAUCUUUAAUGCUGGAGAGUUGACACUUGUGGAAUAUGGCAACAAUGACAUUCUGGGAUCUGUUAGAACAGAGUUCAUGAACCCUCACUUAAUCAGUGUUCGCCUGAAUGAACGCAAACAAAGAGGGGUCGAAGACAACAAGAAACUUGCAUAUCUGAUAGAUAUUAAGACCAUAGCAAUUGUGGAUCUAAUAUCUGGCUAUAAUUUGGGUGCCAUAAGUCAUGAUACGAAAAUUGACUGGUUAGAACUGAAUGAAACUGGACACAAGCUACUUUUCAGAGAUAAAAGGCUCAGUUUGCAUCUGUUUGACAUAGAGAGCACCACAAAGACAACCGUGCUGAAUUACUGCUCCUACGUGCAAUGGGUACCAGGUAGUGAUGUGGUUGUGGCCCAGAACCGGGGCAAUCUCUGUGUCUGGUACAACGUUGAUGCUCCUGAGAGAGUUACAAUGUUUCCUCUUAAGGGUGAUAUUGUAGAUCUAGAACGGAGUCAUGGCAAAACAGAGGUCAUAGUGACUGAGGGAGUGAACACAAUUUCUUAUACUCUGGAUGAAGGGCUGAUCGAAUUUGGUACUGCUAUUGAUGAUGGAGAUUAUGAUCGGGCCGUUGCUUUCCUGGAGACCCUGGAGAUGUCAUCAGAGACUGAAGCUAUGUGGAAGACACUGAGCAAGCUCUCACUGGAAGCUAAGCAGCUACAUAUUGCAGAAAGAUGUUUUGCUGCUCUUGGUGAUGUAGCUAAAGCUCGAUUUCUUCGUGAUACUAACCAGAUUGCAGAUCAAGCAGCGAAGGAAUAUGGAGGUGAUGGCACAGAUAAUUACAUUGUUUGUGCACGGUUGGCUAUGUUGGAGAAAAAUUACAAGUUAGCAGAAAGCUAUUAUCUGGAACAGAACGCUAUUGACAAAGCCAUGGAUAUGUACCAGGAGUUACAUAUGUGGGAUGAAUGUAUUCUUGUUGCUGAAGCUAAGGGUCACCCUGAAUUAGAGAACUUGAGACGCAGUUAUUACCAGUGGCUGAUGGAGACAAAUCAAGAUGAGAAGGCAGGAGAAGUGAAAGAAAACAAUGAGGAUUACAUAGGAGCAAUUAAUCUCUAUCUGAAAGCUGGUCUGCCAGCAAAAGCUGCACGUUUAGCAUUGAAUCGGAAAGAACUUAUGACGAAUGUUGAGGUCAUUAACAAAAUUGCUGCAGCCUUAAUUAAAGGAGAUUUUUAUGAAAGGGCCGGAGACCUCUAUGACAAAAUUGGGAAUCCUCAGAGAGCCUUGGAAUGCUACCGCAAGGGCAACGCCUUUAGGAAAGCGGUGGAGCUGUCCCGCUUUGCUUUCCCAUCAGAAGUUGUGAAGUUGGAAGAGUCUUGGGGAGACUAUCUUGUACAGCAGAAGCAACUCGAUGCUGCAAUCAACCACUACAUUGAGGCUGGUUGUGCUAAAAAGGCAAUUCAAACAAGUAUUGGAGCUCGUCAGUGGAAGAAAGCAGUCCAUAUUCUAGAACUUCAAGAUGACAAGACAUCCUCCAAGUACUAUCACAAGAUAGCACAACAUUAUGCCUCUAUUCAGGAGUAUGAGACUGCAGAACGGAUGUAUGUUAAAGGUGACCAAAUAAAGGAUGCCAUUGACAUGUACACUCAAGCAGGACGCUGGGAGCAAGCUCACAAGUUGGCGAUGAAGUGCAUGAAGCAGGAAGAUGUAGCUAUUUUGUAUAUUAAUCAAGCACAAGAACUAGAAAAGCAAGGAAAAUACAAAGAGGCUGAAAGGUUAUAUGUUGCAGUUGAUCAACCUGAUUUGUCCAUCACAAUGUAUAAGAAACUUAAGAUGUAUGAUGACAUGAUUCGACUUGUUGCAAAAUAUCAUAAUGAUCUGCUCCCAGACACGCACCUGCACCUUGCAAAGGAAUUGGAAAGUGAAGGUCGUUUUCGAGAAGCUGAGUACCAUUACUUGGAAGCAAAAGAAUGGAAGGCAAUAGUGAAUAUGUAUCGGGUCAAUGACAUGUGGGAUGAAGCAUACAGGGUUUCAAAGGCUCAUGGAGGUGCAAAUGCCCACAAGCAGGUGGCUUACUUGUGGGCUAAGAGUAUGGGAGGUGAAUCUGCAGUUAAACUGCUGAAUAAAUUUGGCCUUCUGGAAACUGCAAUUGACUAUGCAGCUGACAACUGCUCUUUUGAAUUUGCAUUUGAACUGGCGCGGUUAUCUAUGAAACACAAAAUCCCUGAUAUUCAUCUCAAACAUGCCAUGUUUCUGGAAGAUGAGGGAAAAUUCAAUGAGGCAGAAGUUGAAUUCAUUAAAGCAGCAAAACCUAAGGAGGCUGUCCUUAUGUAUGUACAUAACCAGGAUUGGGAUGCAGCCCAGAGGGUGGCAGAGGCUCAUGACUCCGAGAGUGUCGCUGAUGUCCUGGUUGGCCAGGCACGGUUCUCCUUUGAACAGAAAGAAUACCAAAAGGCUGAAGCUUUCCUUCUAAGAGCACAAAAACCGGAAUUGGCUGUCAAGUAUUACAAGGAAGCUGGAAUGUGGAGUGAAGCGAUUAGGAUUUGUAAGGAAUAUGUCCCCAGCAAACUGGAACAGCUACAAACAGAAUACGAGAAAGAAGCAACUAAGAAGGGUAUAAUGGGAGCUGAAGGGUUGAUUGAACAAGCCAAAGAAUGGGAGCAGUCAGGAGAAUAUGCCAGGGCUGUGGAAUGUUACCUUAAAGUCAAAGAGACCAGCAAUCUGGCUCGGAUGGAGAAGUGCUGGAUGAAGGCUGCUGAACUAUCCAUCAAAUUCCUAAGCCAGGACAAAACUCUUGAGGUUAUUCAGGCAGUUGGGCCUCGACUGGUUGAAAUCCAUAAAUACAGUGCGGCAGCUGAACUGUACCUUAAUAUGGAUCUUAUUAAAGAAGCAAUAGAUUGUUUCAUAAAAGGGGAAGAAUGGAAUAAAGCCAAACGUGUGGCAAAGGAGCUUGAUUCCAGAUAUGAAGAUUACGUUGAUCACCGUUACAAGGAAUAUUUGAAAAAUCAAGGCAAAGUGGAAUCGCUCGUUGGAGUGGAUGUGAUGGCAGCACUUGACAUGUAUGCUGAAAGAGGACAGUGGGACAAAUGCAUUGAAACUGCUAAUAAGCAGAACUACAAGAUUCUCCAUAAGUAUGUAGCACUAUAUGUUACGCAUCUCAUCAAGGAAGGUAACACAGAAAAGGCCUUAAAUCUCUAUGUUCAGCAUGGCGCUCCUGCAAACCCCCAGAAUUUCAACAUAUACAAAAGGAUUUUUACGGAUAUUGUCAACAUGCCUGACAUGAAUAAUGGAGAUACGUACAGGACCUGGGCUGAUCUUCGCGAUGUCCUUUUCAACCUGUGUGAAAACCUUGUCAAAUCUUCUGAGGCUAAUUCUCCAGCUCAUGAAGAGUUUGAGCAGAUGCUAUUGAUUGUACAUUAUUAUGCCACUCGUGCAGGGUCACUGGGAGUCAACCAACUGGACAUCACAGCAGCAAAGUUGUCAAUCUCCUUGUUACGGCACACAGACACCAUCCCUGCUGAUAAAGCAUUUUAUGAAGCUGGGAUGGCAGCAAAGGCCGUUGGUUGGGAGAACAUGGCUUUCAUAUUCUUGAAUCGGUUCCUGGAUCUCAGUGAUGCAAUCGAAGAAGGAAAUCUUGAUGCACUUGAUCAUUCUGAUUUUCAAGAUACAGACAUUCCAUUUGAAAUCCCAGUGCCUGUAAAACAGCAUGUUCUGGAGGAUAAGCGUGAGGAAAUCCGAGACUGGGUCCUCACGGUAUCCAUGGAUCAGAGAGUUGAGCAGGUCCUACCAACUGAUGAACGAGACACUUAUGAAGCUUCUUUAGUCGCUGUUAGUACUGGUAUUCGUUCUCUUCCCUGCGUAAUAACAGGUUACCCAGUACUUCGGAACAAAAUUGAAUUCAAGAGACCUGGCAAAGCAGCAAAUAAAGAUGACUGGAACAAAUUCUUGAUGGCAGUGAAAACUACUCACAGUCCAGAAUGUCAAGAUGUUUUGAAAUUUGUCAGUCAGUGGUGCGGAGGACUCCCCAGUGCUAGCUUCUCUUUCCAGUGAAGAAAUACCAAACAGAUCACCAGUUCAUAAUACUUUGCUUUAUGUGUGUUUAAUUUCACAGUAAACUCUUAAUAUGACCCAGAUAUCUACUUUAAGAUUCCCAUCUACUCAAAUACUAUUUGUGCAUAUUUAUUUAAAAUGUGUGACUAAAUAAACUUUUAAAAAACAA